AAGAAGAACAGCAAGUGAAUAGUGAAAAUUAUGAUUUAUCUGGUUCUAUAGAUAAAGAUAGUCAAAACAGCAUAAUUAUGAUACAGCAAGUAAAUGCUAAAAAUUAUGGCUUAUCUGUUUCUACAGAUGAAAAUGAUCAAAACAGCAUAAUUAUAGCAAGGUUUUUAGAAGAAGAACAGCAAGUGAAUGGUGAAAAUUAUGGUUUAUCU